UCUGCUAGGGUUUCCUCUCUACCAGAGCUGUGCUAACACUUUCGAUGGAUAACAAACCGGACCGCCCUCCUGAUGGGAGUGGCAAGGUCCAAGCAGGUGUCUCAUUCAGGGACAAAGUUACGGGGAACAAGGAUCCACCCCUCGCAAGGGAGAAAAUUGAUUUCCUCAAAUCAAAAUUGGUGCGGUUUGAGUGGGAGGAAGGUGAUCGCCUACGUCCACGUUGCUUUGUGGAUGAAACGGUUAUGAAUUCACUUGCGCAACCAUUUCACGAUGCCCUGGUUGUGAAGCUUUUGGGAAAACACAUUGGGUUCAAACUUAUGCGAGAUAAAUUGCAAGCUGUGUGGAAACCUACUGGAGGAUUUGAUGUUAUAGACAUAGGGUUUGAUUACUUCAUGGUGAAGUUUGAUAGAGAAGAAGAUCGGAAUAAAGCGUUAUUUGAUGGACCCUGGCUCAUGUUUGAUCAUUAUUUAAUUGUUCGACCAUGGUCUCCCGAUUUUGUAGCAGAAGACUCCCUGGUGGAGAAGACCUUAGUAUGGAUAUGGCUUCCUGGACUAGGUGUGAUGUAUUAUGAUGAAGCCUUCCUUAUGGCUUUUGCCUCGGCUGUGGGGAGGCCAAUCAAAAUUGACUUUAAUACUGCGAAUGUUACAAGGGGAAAAUUUGCUAGGAUUUGUGUUGAGAUUGACCUUACUUUACCUGUGGUUGGUAAGAUAUGGCUGAAUAACCAUUGGUAUAAGGUGGAAUAUGAGGCCUUGCACAUAAUCUGCUCUUCCUGCGGAUGUUAUGGACAUGUCUCACGUAAUUGUCACUCCAAAGCUUCUUCGCAAACCACUACACAUAUCCCUACAGUCCCUGUUGACAAGGAUGGUGAUCAUGUGGAGGUUGGCGGCGGUGGGGUGUCCAAUGUUGGUGGCGGGGAGAAACCUAGGGGCUCGACAGUGGUGCCGAAUUCUGUUUCGGGUAACUCCGAACCACCAGGCGUGAAUAAGGGGCAUGAUGAUGCAAAUAUUGAUCUCGUGCAUGGUGAGUGGAUCAAUGUCACGAAGAGAAAGAAGAAACAGGUCAUUCCGAGCCUACGUGGCAAGAGCGUGAGCGUUCCCAUUCGAAGUGGCUUGAAUAAUUCCGCUCCUAUCAAUACUACACACAAGACAAAGGCCCUUGAUUCCCAACCUGAGCCCACCUUGAGACACGUUGGCACGAGUGAUGGUUCUCCGCCCAUUCCUUCUCAAAGGAAACGGGCUAGAAAGGAAAGCCCAAUUAGGAUCAAACCAAAGCCUAACAAUGAUUCCUCUAAGGACCCACCUCGUGUGAUAUUGAAAAGAGAUGCAAGUAGGAGGCCUAUUAAGACCUCUAAUCCCUUCUCAAGCUGGCCUGGGAAGAAUGUUGGCCCGUCUAAGCAGAUGGUUAACCACGAAGCUGUUGGUUUAGGUGGAGGCACUUAUUCCAGGUUCAGAUUUGGUGACAAGCUGGAGGAGCAUGAUGAUUCGGGUACCACCUCCUUUAAUGGGGUUUUCAAUUGCGGGGUACAUGAUACUGAACCACCAGAUCCAGGGAAACAAGCUACUGAACCAGAAUUUUGGUGUAGAAUAUUCGUGGAGCUAUCAGUACUCGUGGGCGAAGACGUGUGAGGUCUCUGAUUCAAAAGUUCAAAUGUGAGUUGGUUAUAAUUAUGGAAACCCAUCCCUUUUUGGGAAAAUAUGGGCUUCAACAUUUGCGGUCUCUCGGAAGCACAGGUGCUAGUAGAUGUUAACAGUGACUUCUCUGUUCAGUUGUUGGAUUCCCACCCUCAAGCUAUUACCAUUUUAAUUAAUAAAGGGGACAAGACAUGGGGCUUCUCUACGGUUUAUGCUAGCCCUGUCCCUCUUGCUCGUGAGAGGUUAUGGGUUCACUUUAGUCAGCUCAGAGG